AUGGCUACAGUUAUUAACCACGUGAGGGUCCCUGCCGCUGGCCUGCCCUUACCAAUAUCGCAGAGCUGGCAUUUCUGUCCUCGGCUGGGAGGCAACUGCUCUACCCAGCGGCUGAAGCACAGGAAGCGAGUGCCUCGUGCCCCAUCCAAAGUCUGUUGGCAUUCGGCUUCUCGAGCUCGGGACGAUGCCGGCAUCCACAGGCUGCCAGUCUCUGCAGCUUCAGAGCUUAGGUCACGUGUCAUAACUCCCAUCAGUAAAGUCACCUCUGCAAACACUCAUUUUGAAGGACUACCGUCAACAAGGAAGGUGGUUGUCUUAAUUAUUGAAACACAGUGCAAAAAUGAUACUGAAGCUCCAAUACGCGUAGCAUACAAUAAAUUAAUAGCAAGAAGGAUCAUUGCUAAGAGGGAAAUUAAAUGUAACCCAGAUGAAUACAAUUUUAAUGUUAAGUGUUGCAAGAAAUGUCAACGUGGUUUUGUUAAAAAUAUCGAGUGCCCAGAAGAUAUUAGCGAACACUGUGUUCCAUGUGAAGAUGGAAAGGAGUACAUGGAUCAUGUCAACAUUUUGGAUGAGUGUUGGAGAUGCCGUUCAUGUGACAGCAUACUUGGUUUGGAGCUUGUAAAGAAUUGUACCCCAGAACAGGACACGGAAUGCACCUGUGUAAAGAACUAUUUUUGCAAUUCUGCACCAUGUAGGCACUGUGAUCCAUGUACCAUAUGUGAAAGUGGCGUAGUUGAAAAACAAUGUACUUCAACUUCAGACACUGUGUGUGGAAUGAAAGAAGGACUGCCACAGUGGGCCAUUGCUUUGAUAACUGUGCUACUGCUAUCAGCAGCAAUUGGAGCAAUAAUCUAUUACAAGAGAAGACAGAAGGGUCUUACUAGCAAGGAGAUCCUAUGUGAAGAAGUCCCCAAACCAGAGGUUUCUUAUGAGAAUGUACCUCUCAUAGGCACAGAUGUUGACCUGAGCAGCCACAUUGCUGGUAUUGUGGAGGAGAUGACACUCCAAGAAGUCAAGACAUUUGUUCGUAAUCACAAAGUACCAGAACCUGUCAUAGAUCAAAUUCUUCGGGAUUAUAUUAGUGAUACAUCUGAACAGAAGAUUAAGCUGUUUCAAGCCUGGUAUCAAAGACAUGGGAUAAAAGGAGCCUAUGGAACCCUAAUAAGCAGCCUGAGAGAGUUUAAAAUGUGUGCUGCAGCUGAUAAAAUUGAGGAAAAAUUGAAGGCAGCUGUUUCCAGCUGUCAGGAGGGGGGACAGUCUUACAGUGAUGACACUGAGCAAAGCAAAACCUGCACUCAGGAAGGUAGAAACUCUUACAAUGAUAGUGCUGAGCUAAGUAAAACCUGUUCUGGUAGUUUGGAAGAGACAUAGCACAGUCAUUCAAAAUUAUUUCUGACUGAAUUAGUAUUUUUUUAAUAACAGAAAUAACAAAUCUUUUAAAUGCCAUUUUCAUUGGUCAUUCUGACUGAUUCAAGGAAGUUAUAUUAUGAAAACAGAAUAAUAAUUAUUUUUGUAGCAAUAUAUUUCCUUUAAGAAAUGUUUUAGCUUAUUUUUUGGUUGUUAAGAACUGGGAGGAAAAGUUUUAUGGCUCAUUUCCUGAAAGGUAUAAAAGUCCAGCUAUAGGAUUCACUACAAGAAAGAAGUAGUAGUCAUUAUUUGAAGAAAAGGUUUAAUCUAAAUGUAUGGUCCUGUAUUACUUAAUCUAUGUAACAUUUUGCAUACAUUAAAACUGCGGGAUGUUGCAUUUUUCAAAGGGAAAACUCUGGUAUUAAGAGCUUAUGAAGUGUACUAGGAAGAAUACUUGAACAAAAAAAAUAUAUAACAUAAAUCUGAUUAAUUCUGAAUAUAGGUGUUGCUGUGUAAUUAAAUUCUGCUGUUUUUAUGUGGAUUUUCUCCCUUGUAUAAAAGCGCCUCUGUGUGUGUGCGUAUACAGAUUUUUGUAUACUUGUAUCUAUAUUUAUAUGUGUGUAUAUAUGUGCAAGUUUUUUAUGCAAAAGCUCCCAGUGCUAAGUAUAAUAGUUAUUUCCUUUGUCCUCUGCAAUAAUUGCAAGCCUUUUCUAAUGUUGAAACCCUUCAAAGAAGCAGGAGCUGCAGCAGUGCAGCAGAACCAUGCUUUCUGGAAGGCAACCUGCAGAAGCUAUGAAGCCUCCAUAAGCAAGUGUGCAACACUAGCUGUUCUAAUGCAGGAACU